AUGGACCUGUUAUCUGUUACCGAAGAGGCGUUUUUUAACGCCGUUUUGGAGAUUGUCAACAACAAUAGAUAUCAGAAAAACGCUAAAAUCGCUUCCGAACGGUUCAAAGAUCGACCCAUUUCACCUGCAGAAGCUAUGGUUUACUGGACGGAGUACUACGUAAUACGCCAUCACGGAGCGCCACAUUUAAAAUCUCACGUACUGAAUCUGUCUUGGUAUCAAUAUUUUUUGGUUGAUGUAAUGUACACAUUAUUAUUUAUUGUGCUCAUCGUUUUGUUCGUAGAUUAUUAUUGCCUAAAAAUUAUGCAUAAACAAUUGUUUUAA